GUACGAAUUGUCAACGAUCUGUCAAAUUCUUUUACAUGUAUGAUUUUCCAAGACGUGUGCUUUUUUAUGAAAUUAAUUCUGAAUGCUUGUAAAAUAUGGCAGAUACAGAGGUUUUAAAAAAAUUAAAGGAUGUUCCUUUUAGAAUUCAGACUUCAAGUCUGAAGGAGCGGCGUGAAGUAAUUGAAGAAAUUCAGGAUGUUCUCUCCACACCAGGAAUUACAGAACCUGCAGUCCGUUUUGUAUGCAGAGUGUUAACUUUGACGUUACAUCGAUAUAGAGACUCUACAUCUCAAUCAUAUGUCAAAGGAUUACUAGCCUAUCUCGCUACUAACCAUCGGGAGUGGACAUUUAAAAAUUUUGUACCAGUUUUAGUAGAAAUUUCAGAACAAUUAAGAAAUACAGCAACAUCAAAAAAUAUAAGCCAGAGUGGACUAUAUGCUUUACGAUGGUCUACAGUUUUAGUGGAAAAUGGCUUAAAAAGUGCAGAAGAUGGUGUGGAUUUUACUCCUCUUGUACUAUGCCAGGCUAAUUUGCUAGCUGUUGUAACUGCGUAUGGGGACAAAAGGAAGAAUGAAAAUGCAUAUUCUAUGUUACACACAGCAUGGAGUGGCAUUGGUGUAGAAAAAUUAGAAAAAUGGAUUGAGGUCCUCCUGUCACAAGCCCCCGACUCGGGGCCACAGAUAUGUGUCUCAUUUUCAGCAUUAUGUAGACACACUAAACAAAUAGGCAAGGAAGAUAUAAUUAUAAAGCAUAAGGCAAAAAUGUUGGAAAGCUUUAUAAAGAGCCUCAUCAGUGUAAAAAUCCGCCCAAAUCCUAACUUCAUACGUAGCUGUUCUGACCUUUUGCACCUGCUGCAACUCAGUGACGUCCAAGAAACUCUCCUGCCAGCAUUACACAAAGCCAUGUUGAGGAGUCCAGAGACAAUCAUCGAAGCAGUUGGAGAAGUUGUUGAUAAUCUAAACAUACAAUUAGAUGAUUUGGCAGUUGACAUAGGAAAAAGUUUAAUUGUGAACACGCACUCGCGCGACGCGUGGACGCGCGCGGCGUGCGUGCGCGCGCUGGAGCUGGUGGCGCGGCGCUGCUCGGCGCGCGCGCCCGCGCUCACGCUGCUCAAGGCGGCCUUCGCGGAGUACCACGGCGCCAGCGGCAAGCUCACCUCCAGCGAGGACAAGAUUGCUGUGCUCAAUGCGGCGGGCACGCUGAGCGAGGUGGCGGUGGGCGCGGAGGAGUACGGCGCGGUGUUCGAGGAGGCGGCGGCGCAGGUGGCGCGCGUGGUGGAGGCCGAGUCGCACGAGCGCACGCUCUGCGCCGCGCUCGACGCGCUGCUGCGCUGGGCGCUGCGCCGCGCCGCGCCGCUGCCGCCCGCCGCGCUCGACAUCUACAAGAAAAAUUUAUCGAGCAAGAACACGAGUCAGGCGGUGCGCAUCGCGUACGCGUCGCUGGUGUCGCGGCUGGUGGUGCGCGGCGGCGCGGCCCCGCCGCACGCCGACCAGCUGCGCCCCACGCUGCUCGCCGCCGUCGAGAAGGCGCUGCAGCAGCCGCUGCAGCACCAAAUAGUGAGCGAGGGCGUGUGCGCAAUGGUGACGCUGGUGAAGCUAGACACGGCACGCGAGCUGCCGUCGCGCGGCGCCGUGUGGCACGCGCUCGCGCACCCCGACAAGCACGUGCUGCUGCACGAGCGCCUGCUCGCCGCCGCGCACGACGACGUCCUAAUACAGGUGGUGUUGCUAUGCAGAACAGUGUUGGAAAACUACCAAAUUGUUGCCAGCGAUAGGAACUCCCCGGUCUACAAGGCUUUCAUCCACGUCCUAUUGUCGCCCGUGAAGGCAGUUCGUUCAGUGGCCUUGCAAGAGGUAAAGGAACUGCUUGCUUCAGAAGACAGAGCUUUAAUGGCCAGAUAUUUAGUGCUGAAAUUGAAUGAAGUGCUCGAGGAUGGCAAGAUAUUCAACGUGAAGGAAAAGACGCCGCCCGAAGAGAAGGGGGAAGUGACGGGGAAGAUGAUAUUGGACUGUGUUCAAUCCUUGUGUUCAUAUAGAGAAUAUCCGCCCGAAGACGCCGAAAAGCUGGCAAUAGACGCGCUGCCGAGCUGCCACCAGCCGCUGGCGGCGGCGCUCAGCAAGCGCGCCUGGAUCAAGCUGGUGGGCUACCUCCGGCUGGAGCCCAGGAAGUUGGUCGCCGUUUACUCCAACAACUUGAAGAACACGUACAUCAAUGGAUACGUGCCCACUGAGACGAUGUCCAACGUGGUGUCCACACUUUGCUGGUGCGGGCCGGCGCUGGCCAGUGCGGCGCUGUCGGCGGCGCUGACCACGCUCGCUGACCCUGCGCUGCUGAGGGUCACCAGGGACGAAUACUUCACAUACCUCACGCCGCCCACUGACCUGUAUGAUAAGAGCGUGGUGCCAGGCAACGAAGACAGCAAAGAAAUGAACCUGAAGCGCGAGAGCAAAGCGUACAGCUACAAGGAGCAACUCGAAGAGCUGCAGUUGCGCCGGGAGAUCGAGGAGAAGCGGCGCAAGGAGGGCAAAGUGAAGGAGGUGCCGCUCAGCGCUAAGCAGAAGGAAGCUAUCAAGGUGCAAAUGGCGAAAGAGGCGGCGGUCAGAGAGAGGCUCACUGCGCUGAACGCGCGGGUGGUGGCGGCGGUGCGGCUGGCGGGCGCGGUGCAGGCGGGGUUGACCUGCACAGCGGCGCGCACAAACGAGUCGAUGGUGGUGAACGGUCUGUCGGUGAUCACGCAGCACGCGUCGCUGCGCGGCGACACCGCCGGCGACGGCGACGCCGCGCAGGACUUGCUGUACCCCACGCUCUUCCCCAUCGACCAGAUGUUCCGGCUGCUCAUUGAUCUCAUUGGGUCGAGCAGCGGGCGCGUGGCGGCGGCGUGCACGGUGGCGCUGCUGGAGACGGCGCGGUGCGCUGCGCGGGCGCCGCUCUCGCGCGACGACGUCGUCUGCCUGCUCGCCGCCCUGCAGAGCCCCGCCGAGGUGGUUCGUGACGCGGGCUUACGUGCGUUGGGUUGCGUGUCCGACCGCUUGCCGCCAUUCUUUGAAGACGAGGACUUCGCCCUCGAACUCACCAAAAGACUGUAUAUUGCCAUAUUCGACAUAUCCGAAGAUAACAAGAAGCUAGCGGAGGAGCUGUGGGAGCGGCUGCCGGCGGCGGAGGCGCUGGUGCGGCACGGCGAGCUGGAGGCGAUGAGCGUGCUGCUAGACGAGAUCCAGCACCCGUCGGAGCCGGUGCAGCGCGCCGCCGCCGCCGCGCUGGCCGCGCUCGUGCCGCGCGCCGCGCGCCCCGCCGCCGCCGCCGCGCAGCUGCUGCAGCGCCUGCACCACGUCUACGACGACAAGCUGCCCCUAAUCCCAGCGAAAUUGGACCAAUUCGGGCACGAGACAGAAGCGGCGGUGGACAACUGGGGCAGCCGGCGGGGCGUGGCCCUCGCCCUGCGCGCGCUCGCUCCCUGCCUUCGCGCCGACGUGGUCCCCGACGCAAUGAGCUUCUUUGUGCAGAAGUCCCUCGGCGACAGGAACGAAAUCGUUCGCGCCGACAUGCUCAACGCCGCGAUGGCGGUGGUGGAGCUGCACGGAAAGGAGACCAUAAGCACGCAGCUGCCGGUGUUCGAGAAGUUUCUGGAUAAUGCACCCAAGUCUGGUGGCUACGACGCGGUGCGCCAGAGCGUUGUACUGUUGGUGGGAUCGCUGGCCAGGCAUUUGGAGCCGACGGAUGCGAGAGUCAAGCCCAUCACGCUGAGGCUCGUCGCUGCCCUGUCCACUCCCAGUCAACAGGUACAAGAAGCAGUUAGCAACUGCCUUCCUCACUUGGUGACGUCACCAGCGUUGGAGGGGGAAAUACCUACGAUAAUGAACAAGCUCAUGAAGCAAUUGUUAACGGCUGAGAAAUAUGGUGACAGGAAAGGCGCCGCGUACGGCAUAGCUGGUAUUAUCAAGGGAUUGGGAAUAUUGUCGCUGAAACAACUCGACGUUAUGGGAAAGCUCACUGAAGCUAUCCAAGAGAAGAAGAACUACAAGUACCGUGAGGGUGCGUUAUUCGGCUUCGAGAUGCUCUGCUACAAGCUGGGGCGGCUGUUCGAGCCGUACAUCGUGCACGUGCUGCCGUACCUACUGCUGUGCUUCGGCGACAGCUCGCAGUACGUGCGCGCGGCGGCCGACGACACGGCCAAGCUGAUCAUGAGCAAGCUGUCCGCGCACGGCGUCAAGCUGGUGCUGCCCGCGCUGCUGCAGGCGCUGCACGACGACAACUGGCGCACCAAGGCCGGGUCGAUCGAGCUGCUGGGCGCGAUGGCGUACUGCGCGCCGAAGCAGCUGUCGUCGUGCCUGCCGUCCAUCGUGCCCAAGCUCAUCGAGGUGCUGAGCGACUCGCACAUGCGCGUGCAGCACGCCGCCGCCGAGGCGCUCAAGGUCAUCGGCUCCGUCAUACGCAACCCCGAGAUACAAGCGAUCGUGCCGGUGCUGCUGCAAGCGUUGCAAGACCCGUCCAACAAGACGUCCGCGUGCCUGCAGACGCUGUUGGACACGAAGUUCGUGCACUUCAUCGACGCGCCGUCGCUGGCGCUUAUCAUGCCAGUGGUGCAGCGCGCCUUCCUCGACCGCAGCACGGAGACCAGGAAGAUGGCGGCGCAGAUCAUCGGCAACAUGUACUCGCUCACCGACCAGAAGGAUCUGAUGCCGUACCUGCCCAAUAUCAUACCGGGCCUCAAGAGCUCGCUGCUGGAUCCCGUGCCGGAGGUCCGCUCGGUGUCGGCGCGCGCGCUGGGCGCCAUGGUGAAGGGCAUGGGCGAGAGCAGCUUCGAGGAGCUGCUGCCGUGGCUGAUGCACACGCUCACGUCGGAGUCCAGCAGCGUGGACCGCUCGGGCGCCGCGCAGGGGCUCUCCGAGGUGGUCGCCGGCCUCGGCGUGCACAAGCUGCACAAGAUCAUGCCAGACAUAAUAGCGACGGCAGAGCGCACGGACAUAGCGCCGCACGUGAAGGACGGCUACAUCAUGAUGUUCAUCUACAUGCCGGGCGCGUUCACCGACGAGUUCACGCCCUACAUCGGCCAGAUCAUCAACCCCAUCCUCAAGGCGCUCGCCGACGAGAACGAGUACGUGCGCGAGACCGCGCUCAAAGCCGGCCAGAGAAUCGUCAACCUGUACGCCGAGUCGGCCAUCACUUUGCUCUUGCCAGAGCUAGAAAACGGCCUCUUCGACGACAACUGGAGGAUCCGGUACAGCUCCGUCCAGUUGCUGGGCGAUCUGCUGUACCGUAUAUCCGGAGUUUCCGGCAAAAUGAGCACAGAGACAGCCUCUGAAGAUGACAAUUUCGGAACGGAGCAGUCGCACAAGGCGAUUAUUAACGCGUUGGGGCCGGACAGGAGGAACAGGGUGCUGGCCGGAUUGUACAUGGGCAGAAGUGAUGUGGCGCUCAUGGUGAGGCAGGCUGCGCUGCACGUAUGGAAGGUUGUGGUGACAAAUACUCCCAAGACCCUACGGGAGAUCCUUCCAACUCUAUUCAGUUUAUUAUUGGGUUGUCUGGCUUCCACCAGCUACGAUAAGCGGCAGGUCGCCGCCAGGACACUUGGUGACUUGGUCAGGAAGCUAGGAGAGCGCGUGCUGCCCGAGAUAGUCCCGAUCCUGGAGCGCGGCCUGCGCUCCGAGCGCGCCGACCAGCGGCAAGGGGUGUGCAUCGGCCUGGGGGAGAUCCUUGCCUCCACGUCCAGAGACGCUGUGCUCAGCUUUGCUGACGGCCUGGUGCCCACAGUGCGCACGGCGCUGUGCGACGAGCUGCCCGAGGUGCGCAUGGCGGCGGCGCGCACGUUCGACAGCCUGCACGCCACCAUCGGCAACAAGGCGCUCGACGACAUCCUGCCGCCCAUGCUGGACGCGCUGCACCACCCCGACCCCGCCGUGGCGGACGCCACGCUCGACGGCCUCCGACAGAUAAUGGCGAUCAAGUCGCGCGCGGUGCUGCCCUACCUCGUGCCCGUGCUGACGGGCGGCGGGGGCGGCGCCGCGGUGGACACGCGCGCGCUGUCGGCGCUGGCGGCGGCGGCGGGCAACGCGCUGGCGCGCCACCUGCCGCGCGUGCUGCCCGCGCUGCUGGCCGCGCUGCGGGCGGCGCGCGGCUCGCCGCACGAGGCGCGCGAGCUCGACUACUGCCGCGACGCGCUGCUGCCCGUCACCGACGACGCGGGCGUUAGAUGCAUAAUCGACACGCUGCUGGAGUGCGUGCGCACGAACACGGGCGAGAAGCGGCGCGCGGGCGCGGCGCUGCUGUGCGCGUUCGUGACGCACACGCGCGCCGAGCUGGCGCCGCACGUGGGCGUGCUGCUGCGCGGGCUGCUGCUGCUGUUCGCCGAGCAGGAGCGCGACGUGCUGCAGAUGGCGUGGGAGGCGCUGGCCGCGCUCACGCGCACGCUGGACGCCGAGCGGCAGCUCGCGCACGUGGCCGACGUGCGCCAGGCCGUGCGCUACGCCGCCGCCGAUCUCAAGGGCGAACUGCUGCCCGGCUUCUGCCUGCCUAAGGGUAUUGCACCAAUCCUACCGUUAUUCCGAGAAGCUAUCCUGAAUGGAUUGCCUGAAGACAAAGAGAACGCCGCCCUCAUGCUGGGUGAAGUGAUCCGACUCACGUCAGCUCAAGCCCUCCAGCCCUCGGUGGUGCACAUCACAGGGCCACUCAUUAGGAUCCUAGGAGACAGAUUUAAUUCUAGCGUCAAAGCGGCCGUGCUGGAAACCCUCGCACUUCUGCUGGCUAAAUAUCUGCUGGAUCAGGACAGGCCCAUUCCGCAGAAUAUUAUGUCACAAUUCGUUAGGAGCAUGAACCACAACAGCAACGAGGUGAAGCAGCUGAUGGCGCGCGCGGCGGCGGCGCUGGGCGGCGCGCUGCGGGCGGGCGGCCCCGCCGAGCUGCUGCGCGCGCUGCUGCCCGCGCUCGUCAACGGCACCAAGGAGAAGAACACGCUCGUGCGCGCCAACGCCGAGCUGGCGCUGCGCGCGCUGCUGCGCCUGCCGCACGACCCCGCGCACCACCAGCAAUGCAUGGCGCUGCUGGACGAGGGCGGGCGCGAGGCGCUGGCGGACGUGGUGGCGCGCCUGCUGCGGCGCGCCGUGGCCGAGGGCCGCGAGGAGGAGCUCGACUGCACGCUGCUCACCUGAACACCCGCCACUGCCGCCGACAAUAUAUCUUUAUAAUUCAGA